AUGGAGGUGGCGGUUCCUGUCAUGGCGCCGAGCGCGCCGUGCAGCCCAAGAACCGCGGCUGCCAUGGGCGGCGGCGGCGGCAGCCAUUUACCUAGCUACUGCUACUUCUUCUCCAGCGCCCCCACCAGCCCGUCCAGGGCCAGCAGCUACGCCGCGGACGAGCAGGGCGACGCCGGGACGUUCGACUUCGCCUUCGGGUUCAGCGGCCAGCUCAGGGAGUCCACGCCCAUCCUCGCCGCCGCCGACGAGCUGUUCGAGGGCGGCAGGAUCCGGCCGCUUAACGGCCCCCGCUGCAGCGGCGGCCUGCUCGCCGACGAGGACCACGCCUCCCUCUCCGUCUCCCCCCGGUCGCCGAGAAGAGCGAGGACGAUGUCCGCGGUGCGCGGCGGCGGCGCAGGGGAUCGGGCUGAGGCGUCGGCCGAUCAGGGCCAGACGAGGGGCAGGUCCGGCCGGCCGGCCCCCGCGUCGUCCUCGUCGGGCGUGUCGUCCCGGAGCCGGAGGGCCACGCGGUCUCUCUCCCCGUACAGGGGCGACCCGAUCGACGACGAGUUCUGCUCCUCCCCACCCUCCCCGCGCGGCGCCGCCUCCCUGAUGCGCGGGUGCGGGAGCGGCAGCCGGAAGUGGCGGCUCAAGGACCUGUUCCUGUUCCGCAGCGCGUCGGAGGGCCGCGCCACCGCCGGCAAGGACCCGCUGCUCAAGUACAGCAUGCUCAAGAGCGGCGGCGACGCGUCGAUGCGGAAGGGGCGGGGCUCGGCGGCGUCGGCCAGCGACAUGGCGCCGUACACGGUGAGCCGGGCGGCGGCCGAGGAGAUGCGGCGGAGGACGACGACGCCGCUGCCGUUCCACCGCAACAGCCUCUUCGGCUACUUCCGGUCCAACCCGGCCAUCCACUCCAUCAGCCGCAAGCUCAGCAGCUACUCCUCGUCGAACUCCAACCGCGGCCGGAGCGCCACCGCCGCCGCCAACUGA